AUGUGACGUCACUGGUCCGAAACUUCCUGGUUGUCGCGCUUCACCUGCUGAAACUAGAGGAAAAUGUCCUCAAAAACGUAAUAAAUCUGCUCAUAAAUACAUCGGUUCAUCUCUUCAUCACAUCACCAAUUCAUCUGUGUGUGAGCGAGAGAGAAUUAAUUAUUUAAAACACACUGAACACGCGCGUGCUGCUGGAGGAGACACACAAAACGUCAGGAGGAGGAUGAGGGUGCUGUGUUCUGGCGGUCAGGAUGAAGAGUUCCCCAGCUAACCGCAGCCGGGACAUCGAGCGGCAGGCUGGUUAUCUGCGCCCGGAGCACUGUGCCCAGCCUCCUCCGCGAUCUCACGCGGCAGAUGAGAUGUGGUUCAUCCGUGACGGCUGCGGCAUUGUGUGCGGCGUGAUCACGUGGCUGCUGGUGUUUUACGCUGAGUUUGUGGUCGUGUUUGUAAUGCUGCUGCCGGCGAAGAAUGUGGUGUAUAGCAUCAUUAACGGAGCUGUGUUUAACGGACUGGCCUUCCUCGCCCUCGCAUCUCACUUCAGAGCCAUGUGUACUGAUCCGGGAGCUGUUCCAAAGGGAAACGCCACUAAAGAGUUUAUCGAGAGUUUACAGCUGAAGCCGGGACAGGUGGUGUAUAAAUGUCCCAAGUGCUGCAGCAUCAAACCUGAUAGAGCACAUCACUGCAGUGUGUGUAAACGCUGUAUCAAGAAGAUGGAUCAUCACUGUCCCUGGGUGAACAACUGUGUGGGGGAAAACAACCAGAAAUACUUUGUGCUUUUCACUAUGUACAUUGCUCUUAUUUCUCUUCAUGCGCUCAUCUUGGUGGCUUUCCAUUUUAUCUUCUGUUUUGAAGAAGACUGGGGAAAGUGCAGUAGCUUCUCUCCUCCGGCGACAAUCAUCCUCCUCAUCUUCCUGUGUUUUGAGGGUCUGCUCUUCCUCAUCUUCACCUCUGUGAUGUUUGGAACACAGGUUCACUCUAUCUGUAACGAUGAGACCGGAAUCGAGCAGCUGAAGAAAGAAGAGAGGAGAUGGGCAAAGAAAUCAAAGUGGAUGAACAUGAGGGUUGUGUUCGGUCACCCCUUCUCUCUAGCGUGGUUGAGUCCGUUCUCCACACCGGAUCACGGGAAAGCAAAUCUGUAUCAGUAUGUGGUGUGAGACGAGUGAUCUGUACUGAUGUAUGACACUCGAUGACCAGCUCACAACACUGACUCAUCAACACAUGACGUCACAAAAGCGUUUUUGACUGUCACUCUUGAUGCUUGAAGUUGUUUGAUGUUUUGAUUCAAAGAAUUGCCCAAAACUGAAAAUUCUGUCAUUUGUUACUCACCCUCAUGUACCCUCACACAUACCUAUAAUAUAUAUAUAUAUAUAUAUAUAUAUAUAUAUAUAUAUAUAUAUAUAUAUAUAUAUAUAUAUAUAUAUAUUCAUACUUCAUAGUCACUUCUUUAACAGUUCUCUUUUUGUGUUCCUCAGCGUACAUAAUAACAGCAUACGGGUUUAGAAUGACACGAGGGUGAGUAAAUAAUGACAGAAUUUUAUUUUGGGGUUUAUUGAAAACUCGUAUUGAACCUGGAAGAGUUGUCUAAAGUCCAGCACAGUUCACCCAGAGAAAAGCACGCCUCAAGUGGCUUCUAUACGUCCAUAGAGACAUAAACAGUGAAAUGAGAGAAGUAUCGAUAUCCUGACCACAGCUCUCAAGUUAAGCUCUUAUUAUAUCUUCUGCACUGUGAACACUGUGAUUUUAGAUGUGACUAUCAUUUCUGUAUUGGUGAACUGGAUUUAGUCGCCCAUUGAGAUUCUGCAGGAGUGUGAAAGAAAUAUUUCUGACCAUAUAUAAGAGGCCUUGACCAUGAAACUUACAAACUAUCACCAGCCGUGACACUCAACUGUUUCUAUUGGUGUGAUUCUUGAUUGACAGAUGCCUGUAAAUUAGCUGGUAAAUGAAAGCGAGCACAUACUGUCGUUCGUUCUCUGCACACGCUGUAAAGCAGAACACACAACUGUGGCUUUAAUGUGAGAGGAAUCAUCUGUUGCCAGAUUUGAAACUCUCCAGUCACGUCACCAGUUUGGCCGAGAGAUGAUUCAGCCUUUUUUUAAACAGAAACAUUAAAUUGUUGCCUAACACUAAUGGAUGAAUCUCACAGAAAUAUAUCCAGGUCACGUUUUACCCUAAAAUCAAAAGAGUUGGUAACGCUUUACAAGAAUGUUCCACAUGAACUAACAAUGAACAAAAUUUUUACAGCACUAAUGUUCAUUUCAAUGUAUACAUUUUAAAUUAAAAGUAUACGUUAACGUUAGUUAGUGCAUUACGAACUAACACGAACUAACAAUGAACAAUUGUAUUUUUAUUAACUAACAUCAACCAAAUGUAAUAAAUGAUGUAAAAAAUACAUGGUUUAUUGUGUUCAUGAUACAUAAUGCAUUUACUAAUGUUAACAAAUGGAACCUUAUGGUAAAGUGUUACCAAAUAAUACAAAUUACAUAUUGUAUAAAUAAAACAAACUUUUUUUUUUUUUUUUAGCAUUAAACGUUUUGCUUCAUGACAAUCAAGCACAUUUUUCCAUCAGUUUCUCAUUAUCAUAAAGCGUCCGGAUGUUUUACUCUAUAGAGUUUAUUUGUAAUUCUCAUUAUUCUAAAUGGUGAUUCUCAUUAAAUUCUCUUUUUACAAUUAUUUAUAUAUAUAUAUAUGUACACA